AUGCUCGUCAAGCCACCAAGAAACAGUGCUCUCUACUUCCCAGCUAUGGUUAAGCUUUUGAUCUUCUACUAUUUCCUUGCUCUUGCCUUGGUUACCGUGUGCAGCGCGAGAGAUACACUGCAUUCUGGAGAAACCCUCUACCAAGGUGACGAGCUUCGCUCCCAAAGUGGCUACUUCUCGCUGCGAAUGCAGAGGGAUUGCAACUUGGUGCUGUAUGGAGGCCAGGGGGAUUUCAAUCCUAUCUGGGCAAGCAACACAGGCGGGAGCGGGAGCAAUUGCUACCUCACCCUCCAACCCGAUGGAAACCUGGUUGUAUACGAUGGCAAUAGGCGCGCACUUUGGGCAAGUGGUACUGAUAGAAGUGGAGGCAACACCUUGAGAGUUCAGGACGAUGGAAAUGUGGUCUUGUAUCGUCCAGUCUGGUCUACAAACACAGGGCGUGUCAACUACGAUUUCAAAGUUAAUGGCGAGAAGAAAUCAUUCCUCCAUGGCUCUUGA